AAGAAGAAAUGGAAGAGUUUAUCCAAAUGUAUCUCGUUUACAACAAGAUGAAAAUUUUUAACUCUUUGAUUUGAUAUUUUUUAUAGUAAUUCAUAAGUUUUUAUUUGUUUAUUUUUCCUUGUAUUAAAAGAAUAUGUAAAAAUGAAAAAAAAUUCCAUAAUUCAAUUCCUAUUAGCAAACACAUGGGCUUUUGGCUUAGAGACAAAUAUGUGUGAGUCUAAGAAGAUUUGGGCCUUUGGGCAAUUAUUUUUCCAAAAAAAAUUUGAUAGCUACUUGCAGCCCCAUAGAACUUGGAAGAGAGCUCCCUUGUAAUCAAAGGAGCUCUUGAGGUUGUGUGAAACGACAGCAGAAUGAUUUGAACAAAUUUAGGCUAGUAAAUGCUAAAUUUAUUUUGACUGAACCUCAUUCUAAGAGAAUCAAGGUCAAGAUGAAAGUUCAGAAAGAGAUAUUUAAUGGAGCGAUUCCGGAGCAAUCUUAUGUUGCUGAGUAUGUUCAGCAAGAUCACGUGUGAAUCUUGUACGCCUGAGCAGUGGGUGGCCUCUGUGCAGCUCAGGUAGCGUGUUUCACACAGGAGUCAUGCUGUGAAUUUUGUGGAAUUUUUGGGUAAAGAGUAGACAUGACAAACAGCUUGUUUCUCAUGAUCCUAAGAAAAAUAGCUACAAUUGAAAUAGUACACAUUCUCAGUUGAAAUAUUCCCCAUUUGCCGUGAAGAUUUGAUUUGUUUGCCUCUAAGAGUUGCCGCUAGUUUGGGGAAUUUUGGUCCAGUUAUGAUCUUUACAAAAGUGACCAACAACAUUACAUUGCUGGAUCCAUAUACUCUGAGGCAGUGUUUCUUGGACACGGACCAGUAUUGGAAGCAUUCCUUUAAAUCUCUACUUGGUAGCAGGCAGCUGGUAGAAUAUGAUGGCUUUAAUGUUGAAAUUGUUUCUCCUGAAUUUAUUGUUGGGUGCUCCACAUGUGUUUUGACAGAUGUUGAGGUGGCUUAUAUAACUGAUUAUGGAAAGUUGUUUUACACCAGAACACAUCAAGGCCAUAUUUUAAAGCCUGGAGAUCGAGCUCUUGGAUAUGACCUUUAUGGGGCCGACAGUAAUGAUAUUGAACUAGACAAGUAUGGAGGACUCGUUAUUCAUGGGGCAAUUUUGAUAAAGAAGAGCUAUGAAGAGAAAUGCCAGAAGAAGCGUGGGAAGACUCGUUCAUGGAAGCUUAAGUCACUUGAUAUGGAACUUGAUGAAUAUAAAGGUAGAGCUCAUUAUGAGAAGAUGGAAUCAGGGUCUGAAGAGUUCUUGAGAGAUCUGGAGGAGAACCCUGAAUUAAGGUUCAACUUAUCACUGUACGGCAACAGAGAUUACCAGCCAUCUGAAAUGGUAGCCGUGUAUGAUGAGGAUGAUGUGCCUUCUGUUCCAUUGGAAUAAUUGCAUGCUGAUUGUUAUGUCCACACUAAUUUAUGAGGAAUUAUUUGCUCCAAC